UAUAAUACUUAUUCCUCUAUGGCGUCGAUAGGUUUGGGGAAACCCUAAAAAGAUAUGGCAACAACCUAAAUUGUACGAACAGUUACAGGGACAUUAGAGCAGACCCUGUACGAAGCCGAAAGAUUUUACAAACCAAUGACUGAAGAUUACGACGUGAGGCACCGCGGCCAGUUGAACCUGCCACCCUGUAUGAAACAACUCAUGAAUUGCUGGGAAGUAAUCAAACCGGAACUUUUCUGCAAGUAUGGGCGUGAAUACAGGCAGGCCCUCGAGAGUAUGUGUAUGGACUUACGGUUCCAGUGUGUGGAGUUCUUGGGCCCUCAACCGUUCGAGACACUUAACGUGUCAAAUUGGGCUUACUGCCCCCCUACCAGAGUACAGCAGGAUUAUUUGGACCUCCGUCCGGCUGCGGGCUUUGAACAAAGAACUGAUUUUGAGUGGUGGAGACAUUUACAGACAAUUCCUAAUUACCAAAGUUUAGGCCUGAUCGAUGGAACUGUGAAUUUCCCAAAGAGACCUUGGUCCUUCUGGGGUUGGUUGGGGUGGCACCUCGGAUUCACCAGUAUAGAAUACUAAUGGAUUACCGAAAGUUAUUUGAAAUAAAUGAAAUAAUAAAUUUUUAUUGUGUUUCAAAUAUGGUACAGGAGUUGUUCAGACAAUAUUAUAUUAUAAAUAACACAUAUUUCACCUCAAUCUACAACUAAAACUAAGUCUACCUAUACAAUAUAUGACGACUACAUAAAAAAAUGGAAUUCUGCUUAGUUCGUCAGUUAGAUCGUCCAAAAAUACUGAACACAUAUUUUUCGCUUUUUCUAAUUAAUGAAAAAAUGCAAAGAUAUAGAGCAUAAA